CGUAAUAUGAAUCCGAAUAAAUGACCAAACACAUCGCUGUUGCUAUAUAAGGAGCGUGACAGAAACAUCAAAAUGUCAGAUCCAAAACCGAAACCGAAUCCCAAGGAGUAUACUUGAGGUGGAAGUGGAACCAUGACUCAUAAGUUCUGGGAGACUCAACCUGUUGUGCAGUUGGAGGAUAUGGGAGACACGACUUUGCCUGAAGGCCCAAUUGAGCCACCAACUUUGGUAUCUGAGGUCAAGCAAGAGCCGUACAAUUUUCAUGAAGACUAUGAAUGGAUCACAUGUGAUAUGAAAUCUGAUGACAUGUGCUCAGAGGUCUACAACUUUUUCAAGGUUCACUAUGCUGAGAAACGUAACUUGAAGGUCCAUCCCUCGAAGGAGUGGCUGAUGUGGGCAUUGUGUCCACCUGGUUAUUACCAGAACUGGCAUGUUGGAGUCCGUGUCAAGGCCACUAAGAAGCUCGUUGCUUUCAUCAGUGGGGUGCCAGCAAGAAUCAGGGUGCGUGAUGAGGUUGUUAGCAUGGCUAAUAUAAAUUUCUUGUGUAUCGACAAGGAUCUCAGGUCUAGGAGACUUGCUCCUAUCCUGAUCAUGGAGGUGACUAGAAGGGUCCGCUUGAAGAAUAUAUGGCAAGCCGCUUAUCCCUCACGUGAUGUAGUCUCUAGACCAGUCACCACCUGCCAAUACUGGGGCAGAAUGUUGAACCCGAAGAAGCUAAUUGAUGUUGGAUAUGCAACCCUUGGUGAAAGAAUGACUAUGUCCAUGACCGUCAAACUUUACAAAGUACCAGAUGCACCGAGCACUCCUGGGUUUAGGGAAAUGGGACGAGGUGAUGUCCCUGCUGUUACAGAGUUGCUCAGGAAAUACCUUCGCCAGUUUGGAGUUGCGGCUUACUUUGAUUCAGAAGAUGUCCAGCACUGGUUUCUCCCGAGAAAAGAUGUCAUCCACACUUACUUGGUAGUAAGCCCUGAAACUUAUGAGGUCACGGACUUAUGCAGCUUCUACACUGUUCCUUGCACUAUCUCCGACCCUGCCUCUGGUAACCCGAAAAACACAACAGUUCAAUGUGCUUAUUCUUACUACAAUGUCGUGACACAGACCUCAUUUCCCAAGCUGAUGAAUGAUGCGCUAAUCGUCUCUAAGCAAAAAGGUGUCGAUAUUUUCUAUGCAUUGGACGUGAUGCAGAAUGCGAGUUGCUUUACAGAAUUGAAGUUUCGUCCAUCAGAGGGUGCUCUGCUUCACUACCAUCUCUAUAACUACCGUUUGGGAAGUCCAUUGAAGCCAUCAGAAGUUGGGCUUGUUCUCUGGUAAGCUUGAUCCCACUACUAUCUCUAUAACUACCGUUUGGGAAGUGCAUUGAAGCCAUCAAAAGUGAAGUCGGGCUUGCUCUAUGGUAAGCUUGAUCUAAUAUAUCUAUUAAAUAAUUGGCAUCUUAUAUUGUUAGAGCCUUUUUAUUUGUUUGCAUGUCUACAAAGUCAAAUUAAUGUUACUGCGUUUUUCCUCUCAA